AUGGCCCGCCCACAAUCCCCUUUUCGUCCUAAUUAUAUCCGUGAUGAUCCUUCCUUUGGCGCCCAAGCUGCCCAGAUAAUUGUUGCCCUCCACAGCUGCCUUCUUCUAUCCCCGGACACCUCACCAAACCCUUCCAAGACGCACAAAGCGCUCGAGCCACGCCCCCGCCACGAUGCCCACUCUCCUCACAGCAAAAAGAAAUUAGCGAGUCAGGAGAAACCGCCAGCCCCACCAGCACUGUCAGCACAGCAGAAGAACACCGUAGAGGGGUCUAGAGAACCCGAAGUGUCCCAAGGUGUGGAGCUGUGCAAAAACAUCAAAAGGGGAGGAUCGUCAUCCCAGUGGAGUUCUAUUGGGAAGACUAUCGGAGUCGAAGAAGACUAA